AGUGGAGAACUUUACACGGACUUCUCAUUAUUCUCAAUCAGACUGUGUGUACAGUAGAGGAUUAUGGAGAUCUGUCUCACACUCACUUUACUGUCCUCUGUAGUAAUGACCAUCACUGCUGAUCUGAAUGUGAGGUUGGUGAAUGGUGACAGUCUUUGUGCUGGUCGAGUUGAGGUUCUUCAUAGUCGUCAGUGGGGAACAGUUUGUAAAGAUGACUGGGAUAUGACAGAUGCUGCAGUGGUGUGUAGAGAGGUGGGCUGUGGAAAGGCUGUGAGUACUGCUCAAUUUGGAUCAGGAUCAGGACCAAUCUGGAUGGAUGAUGUGAGCUGUAGUGGAUCAGAGUCUACACUGAAGAACUGUGGAUCAAGAGGAUGGGGUGUUCAUAACUGUGAUCAUGAUGAAGAUGCUGGAGUCAAAUGCUCAGGUACCAUCAACUACGGAUGGUCAAGACUUGUUGCAGGUUCUCAUUUGUGUUCUGGGAGAGUGGAGCUGCUUCUUGAAGGUGGUUGGGGUACAGUGUGUGAUGCUGCGUUUGAUGAUCAGGAUGCAGAGGUUGUGUGUAGAGAGCUGAACUGUGGGGUUCCUGUACAGCUGCUGGGAGCAGAUGCUUUUGGUGAAGGAGAGGGACACGUGUGGUCACAAGACAUUCAAUGUAGAGGAAAUGAAUCAGUCAUUCGAUUUUGUCCAUCAUCAACGUUGCAUGAAAUAAACUGCACGCAUGACAACGAUGUGGGACUCAUAUGUUCUGGUUACUCUGACUUCAGACUGGUGAACGGCUCUGAUGUCUGUUCUGGUCGAGUUGAGCUUCAGUAUUUCACAGAGUGGGGCACAGUGUGUGAUGGGUGCAUGAAUAUGAGAGCUGCCAGUGUUGUCUGCAGACAGAUGAAUUGUGGGAUUGCUGUGUCUGUUGUGGGAGUGGACUGGUUUGGAGAGGGAUCUGGUGAAAUCUGGGCUGAUGUGUUUGAAUGUCAGGGGAAUGAAACACAACUCUCACAAUGUUCAAUCUCUUCAUGGAGUCGAGCUGAAUACUCUCAUGAACAAGAUGUUGGAGUCAUUUGUUCUAGUGAGUCAACUUCACUCUCUCAUUCAUAUCUGGCUCUUCAUGAUGGAACAGUGCUGUUGUCUGAAGAGAGAGAGUGUGGGGGGGAGGAGGCAGUCACCUGCCAAGAUCACAGGUCCAUCAGGUUGGUGGGUUCUGGUGGAGAUUGUGCAGGGAGGCUGGAGGUUUUUCACAAAGGCUCAUGGGGGACAGUGUGUGAUGACUCCUGGGAUAUUAAAGAUGCUCAUGUGGUGUGCAGACAGCUGCAGUGUGGAGUGGCUCUCAGUGAUCAGCCAGUACCAGCCUGGUUUGGUCCUGGUUCUGGACACAUAUGGCUGGAUGAUGUGAACUGUGAGGGGAAUGAGACGUCUCUGUGGAACUGCUCUUCACGGGUCUGGGGAGAUCAUGACUGUAAACACAAGGAGGAUGUAGGAGUCGUGUGCUCAGAGUUUAAAAAGAUCAGGUUAAGUGAAGGCUGUGAAGGGAAUGUGGAGGUUUUCUACAAUGGAUCCUGGGGUAAUGUGUGCUGGAAUCAGAUGGACAGAGACACAGCGAGUCUGAUCUGUCAAGAGCUGAACUGUGGAAGAUCUGCCAGUGAACUUAUUUCUUCAAAUGGAUUGAAGACUCAAAACUGGUUGGAUUAUUUUAAAUGUCGAUCACAUGAUUCCACCUUAUGGCAGUGUCCAUCUUCACCCUGGGGACAGAAUAACUGUGAUGAAGAUGAAGCGGCCAAAAUUACCUGCUCUGUCUCAAAGGAGGUGAUUCGGGAUGUUCCUCGGAGUCGACUGACAUGUUUUACCUCACCAUCUCCUUACCAGAGACAAUGUUCAAGUCAUGUUCCUCUCAGACUGAGUGGAGGUAAAGGCAGGUGUUCUGGGAGGCUGGAGGUGUAUCAUAACUCUGAGUGGGGUUCAGUCUGUGAUGAUCUGUGGGACAUCAGAGAUGCUCAGGUGGUCUGCAGGCAGCUGGGUUGUGGAGCAGCAUUGAGUGCUGAUGGGAAUGAAGCGUUUGGUGCUGGUGAAGAUGUUGUGUGGCUGAACAGAGUCGAGUGCAGAGGGACUGAGAUUCACCUGUGGGACUGUCCUCACGUCCUGAAUAACCACACUGACUGCUCACGCAAAGAACACGUUAGACUCAUCUGUGCAGAUUUGUCUGUGUCCACAACAACAACAGCUUCUCCUUCAGUUUCUCAGACUAGCAGGAGAGCAGUGCCAUCAACAACAGUGACUCCUCCUCAAACUCCUCCAGCAGCGUCUCUCUUCAUUCCUCCAGUGGUUGUGAUUGUUCUGGGAGUUUUGCUCUUACUGCUCUUAGUGCCGCUGCUGAUACUGAUUCAACACAACAGAGUGAUGAGGAGAGCUCUCUCUAAGAGGAGACACUGGACUCAGACUGAAGCAGUUUAUGAAGAGAUUGAGCACAGACACAAACACAAACACUUUAGUCAGAGAGGGAGUCUCAUGUCUGAAGAACAGUAUUCUGGGUAUGAAGAUGUUGAAGAUGACUUUCUCUCAGAUAAAAAAUAUAAUAUUGAAUAUUAUGAUGAUGUCAUCAAUGGCAGUGACCUGAAAGAAGAGAUGGUGAAAAAAGUCCCAGCAGAAUACUAUGAUGAUGUCAUCACUGAUGGAUUAAAAGCGGACAGUGAGACAGAAAACACACUAGAGAAGUAUGAUGAUGUCAUCACAGGACAGAACUAUGAUCUUGAAAAAGGAGUUCACGAGGAGUAUGAUGAUGUGAAGAAUGACAGAGAAGAUGUGACAAACCUGUUGGUAAUGACCAUCACUGCUGAUGUGAAUGUGAGGUUGGUGAAUGGUGACAGUUCUUGUGCUGGUAGAGUGGAGGUUCUUCAUGAUGGUCAGUGGGGAACAGUGUGUCAUUAUGGCAGUUGGGAUAUGAAAGCUGCUGCAGUGGUGUGUAGAGAGCUGGGUUGUGGAAAUGCUGUACAGGCUCCGGUUGGUGCUUACUUUGGACAAGGAUCAGUACCAAUAAAAAUGGCUCGUGUGCAGUGUAGUGGGUCUGAGUCUACACUGAAGAACUGUAGAUCAGCGAACUCGGUUAUUAAAUACUGUUCUCAUGCUGCUGAUGUUGGAGUCACCUGCUCAGGCGCCUCAAGACUUGUUGCUGGUUCUCAUUUGUGCUCUGGGAGAGUAGAGAUGUAUUUUGGAGGAAGAUGGGGCACAGUGUGUGAUGCUGCGUUUGAUGAUCAGGAUGCAGAGGUUGUGUGUAGAGAGCUGAACUGUGGGGUUCCUGUACAGCUGUUGGGAGCAGAUGCUUUUGGUGAAGGAGAGGGACCCGUGUGGACACAAGACAUUCAGUGUAGAGGAAAUGAGUUGUCAAUUCGACACUGUUCAUCAUCGCCUUCACACGAUGUAAACUCCAACCACGAUACUGACGUGGGACUGAUAUGUUCCGGUUACACUGACCUCAGACUAGUGAACGGCUCUGAUAUCUGUUCUGGUCGAGUAGAAAGUCGGUAUUUGACUGAGUGGAGAAGAGUGUGUGAUGGGUGCAUGAAUAUGAGAGCUGCCAGUGUUGUCUGCAGACAGAUGAAUUGUGGGAUUGCUGUGUCUGUUGUGGGAGUGGACUGGUUUGGAGAGGGAUCUGGUGAAAUCUGGGCUGAUGUGUUUGAUUGUCAGGGGAAUGAAACACAACUCUCACAAUGUUCAAUCUCUUCAUGGAGUCGAGCUGAAUACUCUCAUGAACAAGAUGUUGGAGUCAUUUGUUCUAAUUCAUAUCUGGCUCUUCAUGAUGGAACAGUGCUGUUGUCUGAAGAGAGAGAGUGUGGGGGGGAGGAGGCAGUCACCUGCCAAGAUCACAGGUCCAUCAGGUUGGUGGGUUCUGGUGGAGAUUGUGCAGGGAGGCUGGAGGUUUUUCACAAAGGCUCAUGGGGGACAGUGUGUGAUGACUCCUGGGAUAUUAAAGAUGCUCAUGUGGUGUGCAGACAGCUGCAGUGUGGAGUGGCUCUCAGUGGUCAGCCAGUACCAGCCUGGUUUGGUCCUGGUUCUGGACCCAUAUGGCUGGAUGAUGUGAACUGUGAGGGGAAUGAGACGUCUCUGUGGAACUGCUCUUCACGGGUCUGGGGAGAUCAUGACUGUAAACACAAGGAGGAUGUAGGAGUCGUGUGCUCAGAGUUUAAAGAGAUCAGGUUAAGUGAAGGCUGUGAAGGGAAUGUGGAGGUUUUCUACAAUGGAUCCUGGGGUAAUGUUUGCCAGAACCAAAUGGACAAAGACACAGCGAGUCUGAUCUGUCAAGAGCUGAACUGUGGAAGAUCUGCCAAUGAACUUAUUUCUUCAGAUGGAUUGAAGACUCAAAACUGGUUGGAUUAUUUUAAAUGUCGAUCACAUGAUUCCACCUUUUGGCAGUGUCCAUCUUCACCCUGGGGACAGAAUGACUGUGAUGAAGGUGAAGCGGCCAAAAUUACGUGCUCUGUCUCAAAGGAGGUGAUUCGGGAUGUUCCUCGGAGUCGACUGACAUGUUCUACCUCACCAUCUCCUUACCAGAGACAAUGUUCAAGUCAUGUUCCUCUCAGACUGAGUGGAGGUAAAGGCAGGUGUUCUGGGAGGCUGGAGGUGUAUCAUAACUCUGAGUGGGGUUCAGUCUGUGAUGAUCUGUGGGACAUCAGAGAUGCUCAGGUGGUCUGCAGGCAGCUGGGUUGUGGAGCAGCAUUGAGUGCUGAUGGGAAUGAAGCGUUUGGUGCUGGUGAAGGUGUUGUGUGGCUGAACAGAGUCGAGUGCAGAGGGACUGAGAUUCACCUGUGGGACUGUCCUCACAUCCUGAAUAAACACACUGACUGCUCACACAAAGAACGUGUUGGACUCAUCUGUGCAGAUUUGUCUGUGUCCACCACUGCUACAACAACAACAACUCAAUCUCAGACUAACAAGAGCCCAGUGACUUCUCAAACUCCUCCAGCAGCGUCUCUCUUCAUUCCUCCAGUGGUUGUGAUUGUUCUGGGAGUUUUGCUCUUACUGCUCUUAGUGCCGCUGCUGAUACUGAUUCAACACAACAGAGUGAUGAGGAGAGCUCUCUCUAAGAGGAGACACUGGACUCAGACUGAAGCAGUUUAUGAAGAGAUUGAGCACAGACACAAACACAAACACUUUAGUCAGAGAGGAAGUCUCAUGUCUGAAGAACAGUAUUCUGGGUAUGAAGAUGUUGAAGAUGACUUUCUCUCAGAUAAAAAAUAUAAUAUUGAAUAUUAUGAUGAUGUCAUCAAUGGCAGUGACCCGAAAGAAGAGAUGGUGAAAAAAGUCCCAGCAGAAUACUAUGAUGAUGUCAUCACUGAUGGAUUAAAAGCGGACAGUGAGACAGAAAACACACUGGAGAAGUAUGAUGAUGUCAUCACGGGACAGAACUUUGAUCUUGAAAAAGAGAAUUAUGAUGACGUCAUUAACGGACAGAACUUUCAAGAUCUAAUAGGAGUUCACGAGGAGUAUGAUGAUGUGAAGAAUGACAGAGAAGAUGUGACAAACCUGUUGGACUAUGACGAUGUGGGGGAGGAGUCACUCAAUGUGGGACAGGCUGUAUAUGUGAAUGUGAGGUUGGUGAAUGGUGACAGUCGUUGUGCUGGUAGAGUGGAGGUUCUUCAUGAUGGUCAGUGGGGAACAGUGUGUGAUUAUGACAGUUGGGAUCUGACAGCUGCUGCAGUGGUGUGUAGAGAGCUGGGCUGUGGAGAGGCUGUUGAUGUUGCUCGCUUUGGACCAGGAUCAGGACCAAUAAAAAUGGCUGCUGUGCAGUGUAGUGGGUCUGAGUCUACACUGAAUAACUGUGGAUCAUAUAACUCGGCUAUUAAAUACUGUUCUCAUGCUGAUGAUGUUGGAGUCACCUGCUCAGGCACCUCAAGACUUGUUGCUGGUUCUCAUUUGUGCUCUGGGAGAGUAGAGAUGUAUUUUGGAGGAAGAUGGGGCACAGUGUGUGAUGCUGCGUUUGAUGAUCAGGAUGCAGAGGUUGUGUGUAGAGAGCUGAACUGUGGGGUUCCUGUACAGCUGUUGGGAGCAGAUGCUUUUGGUGAAGGAGAGGGACCCGUGUGGACACAAGACAUUCAGUGUAGAGGAAACGAGUUGUCAAUUCAACACUGUUCAUCAUCACCUUCACAUGAAGUAAACUCCAACCACGAUAAUGACGUGGGACUGAUAUGUUCCGGUUACACUGACUUCAGACUGGUGAACGGCUCUGAUAUCUGCUCUGGUCGAGUUGAGCGUCAGUAUUUCACCGAGUGGGGCACAGUGUGUGAUGGGUGCAUGAAUAUGAGAGCUGCCAGUGUUGUCUGCAGACAGAUGAAUUGUGGGAUUGCUGUGUCUGUUGUGGGAGUGGACUGGUUUGGAGAGGGAUCUGGUGAAAUCUGGGCUGAUGUGUUUGAUUGUCAGGGGAAUGAAACACAACUCUCACAAUGUUCAAUCUCUUCAUGGAGUCGAGCUGAAUACUCUCAUGAACAAGAUGUUGGAGUCAUUUGUUCUAAUUCAUAUCUGGCUCUUCAUGAUGGAACAGUGCUGUUGUCUGGAGAGAGAGAGUGUGGGGGGGAGGAGGCAGUCACCUGCCAAGAUCACAGGUCCAUCAGGUUGGUGGGUUCUGGUGGAGAUUGUGCAGGGAGGCUGGAGGUUUUUCACAAAGGCUCAUGGGGGACAGUGUGUGAUGACUCCUGGGAUAUUAAAGAUGCUCAUGUGGUGUGCAGACAGCUGCAGUGUGGAGUGGCUCUCAGUGGUCAGCCAGUACCAGCCUGGUUUGGUCCUGGUUCUGGACCCAUAUGGCUGGAUGAUGUGAACUGUGAGGGGAAUGAGACGUCUCUGUGGAACUGCUCUUCACGGGUCUGGGGAGAUCAUGACUGUAAGCACAAGGAGGAUGUAGGAGUCGUGUGCUCAGAGUUUAAAGAGAUCAGGUUAAGUGAAGGCUGUGAAGGGAAUGUGGAGGUUUUCUACAAUGGAUCCUGGGGUAAUGUUUGCUACAAUCAGUUGAACAGAGACACAGCGAGUCUGAUCUGUCAAGAGCUCAACUGUGGAAGAUCUGCCAGUGAACCCAGCUUUACAGAUGGACUGAGGUCUCGGAAUUGGCUGGAUUAUUUUAAAUGUAGAUCUCAUGACUCCACUGUAUGGCAGUGUCCAUCUUCACCCUGGGCACAGAAUGAUUGUGAAGGUGAAGCGGCCAAAAUUACCUGCUCUGUCUCAGAAGAGGUGGUUCAUAAUGUUCCCCGGAGUCGUCUGACAUGUUCUACCUCACCAUCACCUCACCAGAGACAAUGUUCAAGUCAUGUUCCUCUCAGACUGCGUGGAGGUAAAGGCAGGUGUUCUGGGAGGCUGGAGGUGUAUCAUAACUCUGAGUGGGGUUCAGUCUGUGAUGAUCUGUGGGACAUCAGAGAUGCUCAGGUGGUCUGCAGGCAGCUGGGUUGUGGAGCAGCAUUGAGUGCUGAUGGGAAUGAAGCGUUUGGUGCUGGUGAAGGUGUUGUGUGGCUGAACAGAGUCGAGUGCAGAGGGACUGAGAUUCACCUGUGGGACUGUCCUCACAUCCUCAAUAAACACACUGACUGCUCACACAAAGAACACGUUAGACUCAUCUGUGCAGAUUUGUCUGUGUCCACCACUGCUACAACAACAACAACUCAAUCUCAGACUAACAAGAGCCCAGUGACUUCUCAAACUCCUCCAGCAGCGUCUCUCUUCAUUCCUCCAGUGGUUGUUCUGGGAGUUUUGCUCUUACUGCUCUUAGUGCCGCUGCUGAUACUGAUUCAACACAACAGAGUGAUGAGGAGAGCUCUCUCUAAGAGGAGACACUGGACUCAGACUGAAGCAGUUUAUGAAGAGAUUGAGCACAGACACAAACACAAACACUUUAGUCAGAGAGGGAGUCUCAUGUCUGAAGAACAGUAUUCUGGGUAUGAAGAUGUUGAAGAUGACUUUCUCUCAGAUAAAAAAUAUAAUAUUGAAUAUUAUGAUGAUGUCAUCAAUGGCAGUGACCUGAAAGAAGAGAUGGUGAAAAAAGUCCCAGCAGAAUACUAUGAUGAUGUCAUCACUGAUGGAUUAAAAGCGGACAGUGAGACAGAAAACACACUGGAGAAGUAUGAUGAUGUCAUCACGGGACAGAACUUUGAUCUUGAAAAAGAGAAUUAUGAUGACGUCAUUAACGGACAGAACUUUCAAGAUCUAAUAGGAGUUCACGCGGAGUAUGAUGAUGUGAAGAAUGACAGAGAAGAUGUGACAAACCUGUUGGACUAUGACGAUGUGGGGGAGGAGUCACUCAAUGUGGGACAGGCUGUAUGACUCAAUGACCACACCCACUGUCUCAUGUCAUAAAAUCACAUUACCAGCAGCUUCAGGAGCUACGAGGAGUUUAAGUGAUCGAAUUUUAUCACUUAAACUACAGUGCCUUAUGUUUUUAUGAUAUUUCAAAUAUGUUUGUAUUGAAAAUCACAUGCUUUGCAAAUGUAGGAAAAAAUUGUCUUUAGUAUUUGAACUUUUAUUUUAUUAUUAAUGCUAUUUUAGACAAGAGCAUAAAUGAAAUGUCAAAUAGUUUCAUAUUGUACAGAAUAAUGGCUUUAGUUUUUAUCAUAUAAACUAAUGCUUCAACACUGCUCCUGCUGCACGAGCAUGUGCUGCUUCAAUGGGCUGUGUGAACGCUCUAACCUGUUAACAUGAGCGCGGAGAAAAACUAGAAAACAGUCACAUGUAGACAUUUCUGUUCCUUGUAUUGUAGAGACUCUGAGUUUUGUCUUUCAAGAAUUCCUACAAAGACAAGCACAAUAAAACAUACAUCAGCCUUUUGCCAAAAAUUGAAAGAGUAAAGUGUAUGUGCUUGACAUAAUGGCUUUUCUUUAAAUAAAUACCUUACGUGCAAAAACUAAUCUACUGGAUGUGAUUAUGUAAAUAGUACAUUUGUUC